AUGUUGAGAUUAUCUAUAAUAACUAGAAAUGUCCGUGUGGCCUCUCAUAUGGCUCUGCUGGUCGCUUCAGUGUCAAGAUUGGGCAUGGCCCUUGCACCUAGAAUGGCACCAAUGAUGAGAGGCGGAAUUGCUCCCACUUUCUCUAGAUUUGCUUCCAACUCCAAUGAUGCAGACAUAUCAGAUGCAGACAAAUUAAAAGUGCAAGAUAUUGUCGGUAAGCUCAACCAGAACCCGGAGAUCAGAGAAAUUUUGGAGCAAUUUCAAACAUUGCUAGUGUCCAAAGGGUUCAACCCUAACCAGCCACCAUCGUUCAUGGAGAUGAUGCGUCUAUUUUCACAGAAGGAUGUGAGGGAGUUGGCUGGGAAGUUGAAGCAGAAGUUUGACGAGGCAGGUAUCAAGAUUUCACCUGAAGAUAUGGGACUGUUCAUGAAGUUGUUCAAACAGUAG